GUCACGCCGAGUGCGCGGUGACGUCACGGCUCGCGCCAGCCAACGCCGCUCGGUCGCCAUUUUGUCCGCGAUCCGAUUCGCCGCCUCGCCGCGCCGCCCCGGACCAAUCAGCGCGGCACCGCCCGGCUAAACCAUGGAGCAAUUCCAAGCCAAUGGUCAGGCGGGAGAGCAAAUGAUCGUUCAAAGCCAAUUACAGCAACAGGCCACCAAUGUAGCCACAGUGCAGAUUCAGUCGCCGACGGGCAGUGGGCCGGCACAAGUGCAUUCCGUGCAGCCUUUAAUGGUGCAGGUGAGCGGAGGGCAACUCAUCACAUCCACGGGGCAACCAAUCAUGGUGCAGGCCAUGGCUGGACAAGGCCAAACCAUUAUGCAGUUGCCUAUGUCUGGAGGUCAAGGAAUCCAGCAGAUUCAGCUGCUGCAGCCGGGGCAGAUACAGAUCCACGGAGGGCAAACCCUGCAGGUACAGGGGCAGCAAGGGCAACAUCAACCAAUCAUCAUCCAGCAGCCCCAGACUGCUGUCACUGCUGGCCAGACGCAGGGACAGCAGACCGUGACAGUGCAAGGCCAGCAAGUGGCACAAACAGCGGAGGGGCAGACCAUUGUCUACCAACCCGUUAAUGCUGACGGCACCAUUCUGCAGCAAGUGGCAGUACCCGUUACAGGUGUGAUCACCAUCCCGGCGUCCAGCCUGGCCGGUGCCCAGAUCAUGCAGGCGGGGGGCAGCCCAGUGUCCACGAGCACCAACAAUCAGGCCAUCACCGUCACCUUGCCCGUGUCUGGAAACGUCGUCAACGCUGGAGGCAUGGUCAUGCAAGUGGUACCGGGAGCAACGGGACAGGUGCCACAGGUCGCCCACCGUAUCCCCCUCCCGAGCGCUGAGCUGCUGGAGGAGGAGCCCCUCUACGUUAACGCGAAGCAGUACCACCGCAUCUUGAAGCGCAGGCAGGCUCGCGCCAAGCUCGAGGCAGAGGGCAGAAUUCCCAAGGAGCGCAAGAAAUACCUGCACGAAUCUCGUCAUCGGCACGCCAUGCAGAGGCAACGUGGGGAAGGAGGGCGCUUCCACACGUUAGGCGACAAGGAGAAUGAAAACGAAAAUGAUGAUACAUUUCCCCCUAUAAACAAUGGCUAUGAGUGCUAGCAGUGCUAAAGGUAGGCUAGACACAUGCUUUAAAAGGUACAGUAUCUCCUUCCUUUCGCUUUAGAUUAGAUGCACUAGGCUAUGCGCUUGCAAUCUCUGCCCAUUGUCCACAUUCAUCACUCCAUCAACAUCAAUUAGGGCUCUAUGCUCCUUUAAGAAGCAAAUUGAAUACCAAUGCAAAGUGGUUGUUGAAUCAAUUGUUUAUAUCCAUGUAUUGUUAUGACACUUGAACUGAAUAAUUUAAAAUUGCAGCAUUACUUAAGUGGUCAGUUGAUUCAGGGGUGAGAGGAGUGAGCUGGUACUACUGAGAAGAUCCUGGGGUUUUAAUCCAAGCAUGUGCUUAGAUUAGAUUAUCUAGUGGUAGUGGGUUGAUGGCCUCAGCCUGGUCAACCAACGAUUGCACAAAAAAACACAUUACAUUUUGAUUCGCACUUAAAUUGGAUAAAUAGCUUUGCUGAGAAUUUAAAGUAUUGGUUUGAGACUCAUGAAACAGACUUUGCACUCCGUGAUAGAGCUAAAUUCCCUUUGUGUGGAACAAGUCAAUGAAAUUGAUCUCAGUGGUAGAUCUGUGAUGUCUGCUUCCAUGCGCCGUUCUCGAGCACUACAUUUGGCAUUGCUUGGGAACGCAUUCCAAGAGGAUGAGCACCAAGAAGAGAUGGAGCAAUGAAAUUACAGGUGUUUGCACACUGCCCUACACACCCAGCAACCUGAGUUCCAUUCCCCGGACAGGGCGAACAUCAUUGGUAAUUAUAUGAAUGGGUCCUCGGCCUCCCCUAAGUCAGCUCGGCCAUAAAUGAAUAGCUGGUGUGAUUCCAGUACAAACAUGAGACCACUUCAAGAUGGUGUGUUCCAGAACCGCCAAUUAGUAACACAGUUCCGAUUUGUCAUCUUGAGAUAUCAUUACUAUUCUCAGCACAGCUCCUGCAACAAGUUCAGAUUAGAAUUAUGCAAAUAACUGUGUACAACUUACUAUUAAUUGUAUUAUAUCAUCACACUGGUUAGAGCCAUUUGAGGUGUAUGUUGCAUUGACACUACACUGUCUACAAGGGCUAAAUAAUGUGUAAUACAAAUAAAAAUGUCAUGAGAUCUGCACGACUUCUAUUGGUCAGGGUGGUGGUAAUGCAUAUAACAAUGAGUUUUUACAAUGCAAGUGCUAUAGAAUAGGCGACUUCAGCAGCGAGUCUCAGUGCAGAUUUGUAAACUCAAAUCAACCUGUAUUGAAUUUGUAGAUGGGGGGUCAGCAGUGCUCCCGCAGCAUUUGUGAUUUUUUUAGUUUGGGACUUGGCACCAAAAUAGCAAUUAUAAAAUGUAAUCUGUCAUCAUUGAGGAUGUUAUUCACACUUCCUUAUCGAUAUGUAUGAAGAACAUCUGCUUGAGGCCCAAUCAGAUAUACUGUACAUUAAAUUUCUGGAUGUUCAUGUACUCGAUCCAGCAUCCAUGCAGGAAUAAUCAAGUUAGUACUACUUUGUAGACAAUCGACGAAAUUACAAUGCAUGGAUAGGCUAACCCCCUCAGAAUGAGAAUAUGGGAUUUCAAACACUGGGUCAGCGCCAGUGGUGGAAAUUGGACUGGCCAUGAGGUCACUUGAACAGAGAGCCACUUGGAUUUCUAUUUUACUCCAAUUAUGAUCGGCUAUUGGUGUCUCAAUUGUGUCUGUUUUGAAAGCCAAAGAGUUGGUGGCUAGCUGUGGCUAUUGUGGUUGGAAGAUGCUUCGUUGUGACCAAAUAUCAGACAUUCUCAUCCCUCUCCUCGUUUAAAAGACACUUGCCCUUGUGACGGUCAUGGCUUCUAGCAAUCGGGGAAUCGAUAGUGUCACACAAAAAUGACAUUGUUUAGAGGUUGGCCAUGACUGAUUAUAGUCACUAUAGCUGACAUGACCCUAACAAUGGCUUCUAUUUUUAGACUAAUCCUUAAAUCUGGCCGGUUGUUUAUGGUCAGAUAAAAUGGAGUGUAAUUUGUCUUGGCGUGGUGGUGGUGCACACCAGUAAUCCAGUGUUGAGGGUUGGUGGAGGGCACACAUAUGUGCAUAUUGGUACAGCAAUGAGGCCGAUGAAAUUGUUCAACUGUAUUUCCGAAUGCGUGUGGUUUUCUCCAGAUUGUCGUAUCUUCACUUGUAAAAUUGUAAAUCAAGGAAUUAGCAAAACAUCCCCAAUACAGGAGGCUCCUGAAAUGUUACAAUAAAUUAAAAUAAUCACACAGGUAUCCCUCGAUUUAAGGAUGUUCCGCUUAUGAAAUGUCGCAUUCACACAAUUGACAAAUUAUGAACCUUUUUCAAUUAACAAAUCGAAUUUCCACGGGAUAAAAAUCUCACACGGCACCCGCCAUGAGAUCAAACGAGAGCCACCUCGGGAGGAGGCUGCAUCAUCCAUCCACAGCAGCGUCACGGUACCCCCGCAGUGCAACAGUAAUUGCCUCAACGUCGUCUUUACACUCAUUCCACCAUGCGGUUAUUUUGGCGAGUUGCCUGAAAAAGGAAAAUUUUAGUUUUUAAUUAUUCACUCGGCUUAAUAUGUUUAUUAUUUUUUUGUAUUAGAAAAAGUGAUAUUAAGUGUAUAGUUUUAUGUUAGGAGGUAGACUGUCCAAAACACAUGUGUAUUUUUUGUUAGUUUUUAAUUAAUGGGGAAAGCCAUUCCGAUCUACGAAAUUUCAUUUUGCGCGUGUUUUUUUUAAGAUCGCAUCCCGUUUGCAAAUCGAGGGACACCUAUAUUGUAUAAGAAAAUGGUAUUUCAACAAUUGAUUAAUAUUUUCUUUGCAGUGCAUUUAAUUCCCUUGAGAGCUACAUGAUGUGAUAUGGGUGUGCUAUAUAUACAUAUUCUCACUUUUGAUCUCCUCCAAUGGCUCUGGGUAAUGUAGAAUGCAUCUCUCUACAAGUUUUUCUGCAUUCAUCGAUUAAAACAAGACAUUCGUAUGCUCAAGAUAACAUAUAUAAAUCCUCAAAUUGAGUUGAAGGAUCAACUGUUAAUUAUAUCGAUUAAUAUCAAUACAUACGGUCUUUUAAUAAGUAAAUCAUGUUGACUACCUUUUCGCUAUAUCGAAGUUGUAUUAUUUUAUACAGAUCCCUUGUAUUUGUGCAGAGGCGCCACCAAAUUUAAUCAUGUGCACAUUAAUACCAUAGUCAUGCUCCAUUGCACUCAAAUUUUUUUACUGAAAUCAUGAGUUAUUUAAAGUCUCGUCACUUACUGAAACACCCCAAUAUAUUAGACUUGAAGUACAACGCAAAACAACUUUAAAUUGAGUGUAAUUGAAACUCGAAUUGUAAUAGAGUUAAAUAAAGGAGGGGUGGAAUGUCUACUUUCCUGGAUAAAUGAUUGAUUAUAUUUUUCACAGCAUGUUAUGUAUUGCCGCAUCACAGGAUGCGGUGAUUUUGCUCCUACAAUCGCUCACCUGUGGUGCUGCCGUUCAAGCGCACCCUGCGUUUUGUCACCGCAGGGCACCGUCAAGGAGGACCACAUGGAGAGCUCAGCACCUCUGCUCUCCAGUGACAUUCUCACCGCUGUCACGAACGCCGAUGUCAUAGUCACGCAGGUGCAGUGAGGGCAGCGCCUGCAUAAGGCGCAGCGCCACUGUCCUGCGUCACUGGCGAAACCAGCCACAUCGUACACCUGUGAACCAGACUGACCGUGUGGUUGUCAUGCAAUGGAGGGCUGGAGCUCAGCUGUGUUGGGGAUGAGCAUCGGCGCACAGGGGUACACAUGCACAUUGAGAUGCGUACGCUCGCGCUGCUGUAGGAAUGUGCAUACUGGCACAAUCGGGUAUCUGUGCCAAUGCUUGGGCCAAUAGAAAUCUGUGGAAGCACUCAAUUAAAUUUCGAUUUAAAGCUUUCGUGACUGCAGGGAUUCAUCUUCUUGGUUCUUUCGGUAAAGUCACGUAGAAGGGAAAUAAUAAAAUAAUAAAAAUAAAACAAUACAAUAAUUCUCACGACAUUUCGGCCACAACGCAAGCAGCCGUUGUGGCCGAAACGUCGUGAGAAAUAUUUUAUUAUGUUUAUUAUUUCCCUUCUACGUGAUUUUACCGAAAGAACCAAGAAGAGCACUCAAUUAGUUACAUACUUUGUUUAUUCAAGUACUUUUGUUUAUUCCACAUCCAUAAGUAGUUGAGGAAUUGGCCAAACAUUCCAAGCUAGACCCUCCUGCUGCUCUUGAGGCUCGGCAGCUUGGCUUAAUUAAAGGACUUAUUAUUUAAUAAACUACAGUAGUUGGGAUCGUCACCCAAAGACAUGCUCAACCACUGUCCUCUUUGUCGAGGUAGGCCUACUGUGGUUUGAUCGAAACUUUAAUGAUAUGCUUCUGUAGAUCUCUUGGUCUUGGCAAAUGAAUCGUGUGCUAAUGUUAUGGGAACGUUUUAAGACCUCAAAUCGCUCCUAAAAUCGUCUUUUAAUUUGUAAAAAUAUUUUUUUUACGAAAACAAAUUAACGAUGUAUGCUCAACUUUGUAUGUUUUGUAUUUGUUACAUGCUAUUCACGAUGUUUGAACAUUUUUAUAUGGACGUUUUCUUUAGUAAACAAUGAGCAAGCAAUGACAUUGCUUUUGAAUAUCUUGCUGCAACGUGUUUGAAAUAUUACGUCUCGUAAUUCAGGUCUGUAGGAACCGCUUGAUGUAUGUGGAAGUGAAAAGGUUGGACAAUGUUAUUGUGGUGUUGUAGGCAUUAACCCAUAAUCAUUGGUGACACGUGACUGAAACGAAAGAGUAAAUUAAAUGUAACAUUUAAAUGAGUACUCAAUAAUGUGUAAUGACCAUGAAUAAAUCUCCUUUCGUAAAGAGUAUUGGAUCAUUGUGCUCCUGCUACAAGGAAUUAAUUUUCACCACUUAGAGCCACCAAUGUUUAGGAGCACCAUCCAUUACUCAUUUUAAAGAGGACACGUUUUAGCUUUUGGUAGGACAAUUUGGUAAUGAAUUCCAUUGCAUUUUCUAUAAUUUUAUAUACCUCAGUUUACAUCGCACGCAGUGUUGUAAAUAUUGUACGAAACCAUUUUUAUAAAGUUGUAUUUUGUGCCUCAAAAGUCAAGCUAACAGUUGUGUAAAAAAAAAUCCUUAGUUGAUGGAUAAUUCCAGCACUUCCACAUAUAUCAGAAACCUUAAUGUUCAACACAGUCAUGAAGCAAUUUCACCUUGUUAUUACAUUUAGUUUUCCAUGCAGUUCUGUGAAUACUACCAUGUUGACAUGAUUUAUAUUAGACGUAGAACAUUGAAAAUAAUGCCGUUCCCUUAGUUUUCCCAUUCGUGAUACAUUUGUACAUUGGUAUAAAUGUGUUCUAAUGCUAAACACUCUGCAUCACCCAUUUCACUUGGUUGGCAGGUUUGUCAAACCUGCAACUGUUGUUAAAAAUAGGUGAAAUUGUCCACAGCGAAGUGCUUUUGUGACAUGAUUUUACUUGGGUGAAGGCUUUAAAAUGGUGUUUAAUUCAUUUAAAUCAAACACAUGUUCAACACUUAUUGGACAUGAGAUAGAAACAGGUUUGUGAUACAAUAAUUAAUAUUAAAUGUAGCCUAAUUGGUUUUCAUAUGGAUAUUCAACUUGUCAUUUUUACUUUUACGAAUUCAGCACAAUACUUUGUAACCUAGACAGUUUUAUAAAGCAGUAUUUUUUUACAAAUCAUUUGCAAUAUUUGGUUUUACGACUAUGGCACAUUCUCUUUUGUAACGUGUCACAUCCAUAUCUACAUUGUGCUUGUUGAUAUUGCACUCACAUUAGGUAAUCUGAUCAUUAUGUGGCUGUAAAUAAAUUGUCCAUUUGA